CAAAUCGGCCACGUUCGCCCCCCAACGCUCCUCUUAUUUAGUUCUCUCUCUCGGCCGCUCGAGUUUCGAACUCAGUUGAACCGAGUCACGACUCACCGAUUCGUCAGUUCAUUUCCAUUCUCAAUCUCGCCUGAAAAGUUCGUCGUAAACCGUCCCUCUCGUAGGGUUCUUGCUACAUUUCGCUCGUUGAGUGACGAAUUUCGAAUGAAUUUGAAUCUCUGAUUCCAGUUCGUUGCUCGUUUGGAGGACGCAAGGAUGGGACAGGCAUUUCGUCGAGCGGCUGGAAGAAUCAAACCUGCUUCGAGCAUCGAUUCCACCGCCUCUUCGUUGAAAAUGGAGAGCGUCGUCGAUCGGAGGCCUCCGCCGCGUGCGAUCCAGAAGGCUGAGGUGCCGCAGCCUCGAGAGAGCGGCGCCCUUGAUUCAGGUGGUAUCUUGGGAAGUAACUCUGAAAAUGUGCCCGAAGAACGAGACCCUCAGUUCGACGCCAUGCUUGGCCAAAUGGUGGGCCGAAUUAAAUCCAAACCUGGAGGAAAACUUGAGAUGGGGGAGGCGGCUGUGGUGGAGAGAUAUGAGAGGCCAAUGCCGAAGCUGCGGAAUACAGAUGUAAAAUCGAGUAGAUACGAAGAUCGGCCAGCUCCACCAGGAACUCUAAACGUAGCUCAGAUGCGCCACGUGAUUCAACUGCAUGAAGGAAAGGCUGAGGAUCACAAUGGGACAAUGGCCGUUCAACAAAUUGCUCAAAGGUAUAAUGUUAGUGUUACACAAAUACACACCAUUUUGCAGUUUCUGUCUCUGCCUCCUGAGGACACUCUUAGAGCCAAAAACAAGGAUCCUAAUUCCUAAUUAACAGGUAUGGAGAAGAUAACAAGGGGGAAGGGGUGAUUAGCCCCGGAUGGGAAAAUUAAAAUUAAAACUUUUUUCUUUAAUACUGAAAAAACGUUAGAAUUAUUAAACUUGCUAUAUCAUACUAACUUUUUGGCAACGU